AUGAGAGUGUCUAGGGUAGGAGCUCAACUCCCUCUCGAACUUAUCCUGCUUUCCGCGGAAUAUCUUACGCCUGUUGACCUGCUGUCUCUCUUGCGUGCCUCUCCUGGGCUCGCACGGGUCCUAACUUUUCAGCAUACCACGCUUCAGGACGAAGGAAAGAGGACGAUCCUUCAUCUAGUCGCAAGGGAAGGGGAGGCCGGAUUGAUGAAGCUACUGCUCGCAAACCGCGGUAUCAGGCCUGACUCUAAGGAUAACUGUGGUCGGACGCCAUUAUCCUAUGCGGCGGACGGACAUGAAGCAGUGGUCAGGCUGCUGCUCGACCGACAAGAUGUUGAGGCGGACUGCAAGGACAACGAAGGGCUGACUCCAUUAUCCUAUGCGGCUCGAGGUGGACAUGAAGCGGUGGUCAUGUUAUUACUGGACCGACAAGAUGUCCAGGCGGACUCUAAGAAUAAUGAUGGGUUGUCUCCGAUAUCCUGGGCGGCCGGAGGUGGACAUGAAGCGGUGGUCAGGCUACUGCUGGACCGACAAGAUGUUGAGGUGGAUUCGAAGGAUAACUUGGGUCGGACACCGUUGCUAUAUGCGGCCUGGCGCGGACAUGAAGCGGUGGUCAGACUACUGCUGGACCGACGAGAUGUUGAGGUGGACUCAAAGGCUAAUUGGGGUCAAACACCGUUGUCCUUUGCGGCUGGAGGUGGACAUGAAGCAGUGGUCAGGCUACUGCUAGACCGACAAGAAGUCGAGGCGGACUCGAAGGAUAAUUCGGGUCGGACACCGUUGCUAUACGCGGCCUGGCGCGGACAUGAAGCGGUGGUCAGACUACUGCUGGACCGACGAGAUGUUGAGGUGGACUCAAAGGCUAACUGGGAUCGAACACCUUUAUCCUGUGCGUCUGAAGGUGGACAUGAAACGGUGAUCAGGCUACUGCUGGACCGACAAGAUCUUGAGGCGGAAUUGAGGAAUAAUUGUUGA